AAGAACUUACUUGUUAAACAAUAAAGUGUGAUCAUUGUUGGAAAUGUGGAAAAUCUGACGCGAUCUAAGCAGACUUGAGAUCACAUCAAAGACGUCACGCGUCUUGAUCAGGGCAGACGUCAUGACGUCACUAAAACAAUUUCUGAUUUAUUCUCCUGGCGAAGGGACUUUAAAGUGAAUCAUGAUUUAUUGCUCAAUAGUGGAGCACUCAAACGUUUAUACGGUUGGAUAAGAACAUUUGUCAAAUUUAUAGUUAGCAGGGAAGUGGAGAGUGUACAUAAACCAGGUGUACAUGCGUGUGUACGAGACUCGGAGUGUACAUAAACCAGGUGUACAUGCGUGUGUACGAGACUCGUGUACACAAAAUGUCCGACAACUGAUUGGUGUAGGCACCCGAGGGACAGGAUUUAAAGAACAUUUCAUCCCCUCAGCUGUUCCUGGAUCAAUGGAACUUUCUAGAUUUAUUUUGUUUAUUUUAUCUGCCAGUUACCUUGCCAACACCACAGAUGGAGCUAGUUGCAGCUUUCCUGCUGAUCUGAGGGGGGCGUGGAUGUCCUCAAAGAAAGGUGACGUCACGUUUACAUCGACGUCAUUGAGCGGUUACCACCCGUGUCGUUACCCAAAUCUCUGUCCUGACGUCACCAGCAACUGGACAUGCGUGGACAACAUCGGAGCCAAGUACCUGCUCAGGAGCGGCACCAUACAGGGGGUGGGGACCACCGGCCACGCCUUCACCUGUCUCUACCUGUACCGCAUCAGCAGCACCAAGUACCUCGCGUACCAGGGACCUAAAGCCGAACGUGGAGCCCCAUAUUUUGAUUACGUCAUACUGCGCCAGUCCACACAAGCAGACUUGAACAUCACCCAAGUGUGCAACCUGGCAGACAACCCGCCAGCCCGACACAACCUGUUCGUCAAGAAUGACUCGUUGAUUACGUCAGAGACCACGUGUCCGACUGACCUACUUGGCGACUACACGAGUGAGUGUAACGGUACGGUGCGUGUGUGUGGCGACCGGAAGCAGGUCGAGGUCAAUAACUGUAACAACGACAUCCUAUACACAGGGAACGCCACUCUGUCGUGUCUCUACAGCCUGGCAGAAGGGGACACAACCUACGUCACACUGGUCAACAGAAAUCUGGAGAGUGACGGCACUUUGCCCCACAAGUUUGUCUGUCUGGCGAUGAUCCUGAACGGCAGCACCAUCCUGGUGAGACAGAACUACAGCGAGUGUUAUGGUCUGGCCACGCCCACUUCCGUCACAGCUGACUUCAUCCUGACGCCAUACACGAUCGGCUGCACAUUUGCCGCCUUUUUGGUGGGCAACUGGUCGAGCAGCAGGAAGGGCGAGCUGGUGGUGACCAACGCGACGAUUGAAGGGUUCGAACCCUACAGUGACGCCUGCAGGUCGGACACCUGCGACAACCUGCCGACCACCUUCGAGUGUUACCUGCGGGAUGGUGAUCAAUACUUGAUCAGAUCAGCUCACACAUUAAUUGGGUCAAGUUACGUCAGGAUUUACGCUUGUGUUCACGUGACUUCAGUGGCGACCAAUAAGAUCAUCUACUAUCAGGUCAUGCAGGAGAAAGACCCGACCCUCCAGGAUUACGUCACAACUCUCAACGCUGCCGUGUCAGUUGAUUACGUCACUGACAUCUGCACGGCGCCACUGCCGUACGACGCGGCACUACACAGCGUGCUCAUCAGAUCAGGUCACCUGACCGAGGCCGCGGUCAACUGCCCAGGUGUGUUUGAGGCCAUGUACAACACAUCCAACCCACAGUGCGACUACACACUGACCACAUGUUUUCACAAGACGGUCAUCAAACUCUCUAACACAGCGUGUCAAACUAGACCUUUUUAUUCGGCUGGCGGUGCCAUGACCUGCAUCUACAACGUCACUUCCGGGUCACGUAACUACCUGACCCUCCUCAACAACGAUGACGUCACAGACAACAACGUCACCUACCAGUUUGUCUGUCUGGCCUACGAGGUGUCUGGUCAAACUCUGCGCUUCACCGAGUCACCCAGAGGAUGUGACGUCAACCAAUCAGCUGAUGGGGUCUCGGGGUUCACCUACAUCCACAUAGGUUCUUGUCCUGUGGAUGAAAUUAAUUGGGUCAUCAUCGUGUCAGUGAUUGCCGCUGUCGUCGUGUUGGUCAUCAUACUGUGUCUGCUCUGGUACUGUCUGCGGGGUAGACGGUGUCUUCGGCGGCUGAGGAAGGCGAGGGAUGAUGAGGAGAGAAUUGCCGGCAGGGGAGGGGACGAUGGUGACGAUCGGAGAGAGGGAGGAGGUGGGAGGGAUGAGGAACAAUUAAAGGGAGGGUGGAGGGAGUUGGUUGGGAAGGGAGGGGCGGGGUACAUGGACAUUUUCACCACGUCUGUAGACAAGGCCCCAGAAAUUCGACUUUUGAAAAGGUCCAAGUUUAAAUUUACGCAUGAGCAGCCGAAACCGGAAGUGGGAGAGGGGGAGAAUGACGUCACAGAUGAGAUCGACAGGAGACAGGAUGUUGACAACGAAAGAGAUGAAGGUGACGAUGAAAUGAAGGAGACUGAUGGUGUCGUGAGAGGAAGUGCUACAGCUACUGUUAAAAGAAAGAAGGGGAGGCGACGAAAACGUCAUCAAUCUGGUGGAAGGUCUAAGACUGAGGUCGACGGCAGCGACAGCAGCCAUGACGUCACAGACGACAGUUCCGGUUCCGGUGAAUCGACCGGUGAGUCGACCGGUGGGACGACCGGUGGGACGACCGGCCGAGGGUCUGACGAGGGCUUUCAAACAGACAGCAGUGGCACCACUGGGUCCGGCUCGGGUUCCAGGACAAGAUCUCACCUGGGCUCUGGAACUGACCAGGACUCAGACACCAACAGCGAUGACAGCGAGAGACGCGCUAAGAUGAUCAUCGCUAGCCACUACCAGGCCAGGCUAGCUAAAUCUUGGGAGCAGAGGGUCAACGACCCAACCUUAGUGCAGGACAAGACCAAGCCAAAGUUCCGGAAAGAUCUGGAGGCAAGAGACGCCGUCACCAAAACUCUGACGUCAUCCGGUGUGGGAAUUUCCGUCGAUCUGAUGACGUCGAUGAGAGCGGCGUUAGCCAGGGCAGGAUGGGACAGAAAGAGAGGAACCAAGGGCAGGGGCGUGCUGGUGGGAAUCAGCGACAAGAAAGUCCACCCUCUGGAUCACAGGAGCCGUCACCCCGGGGGUAGUGAGCCCGGGGGGUCUGCAGACAUCCCAUAUUUCUCCCAGUAUCAGCACUACACGACAGCCAGACAACAGCUACAGGAGCAGGGAGUGUUGGACAGUCGGGGGGAGGGGAGGUUUAGGACAUCAGAGGAGGAGUUUAGGUUCAACGAGCUGGAGAACGAGCUCAAACAACACCAGGAACUGAUGAAGUUGUCAGGGGCAGAUAAUGCUGGUGGUAUGACUUUGAUGAAGUCGAGCCCAAAUGUAUCAUCGACUGCUCCACACUCUACUGCCCUGAAGGCAGAGACCUCACUCACAGGAGAAGGGGCAUUGGGAGGCAUAUUGGGCAGAAGGCAGACAUUGGUGGGCGGGGCACAAGCAGGUCUACUGGGCAGAAGGCAGACACUAAUAGGUGCCACAUUGAAUGACAAGCAACCAGCUCUGGGCCUACAGAAGGACGAAGGUUCUAGACUGACUGAGAGACGUCAGACGCUUCUAGAAGGUCAGGACAGCACGGGGGAGGCUGGAUCCAGACACAAGCACAGGAAACGUGUGAAGACAGCAGACAGAAGACAGCUCAACAAACUGUUGAUUGGCGCUAGCAUUGAGUCCAAAAACCAGAAGGGUCAUGGGAGGUCAAGGCUGCGGCCUGGAGACAUUAGCGUGCCGCUUGCACGUGUGGAUGCACGUGCGGUUAAACUGAAUAGACCUGCUCACACGGGCAAGGCUGACGUCAACUUCACGUCUGGCAGAUGGUCGAAGGACGGUGAUGGUACAACAGGCAAGACCUUGUUGGUUGGGCCAGUUCCAGAACGGUCACCACCUGCAACAAACGGUCAACUUCCUGCCACAGGCGGUCAACUUCCUGCCACAGGCGGUCAACUUCCUGCCACAGGCGGUCAACUUCCUGCAACAGGCGGUCAACUACGUGCUACAGACGGUCAACUACGUGCAACAGACGGUCGACCAUAUGAAACAGUUGACGCAUCAAUCAUGAUGGAAGGACAGCACGAACUGACAGACGAACCAAGCACACAACUACACCAACCUCAGGUUUUAGGUCCAAUCAGACAUGGGAUGUUCAACAGAUUAUAUCAGCCAACCAGAGCACAGAGGUCAAAGUUCAGCCAAUCACAGGGAACCCUGGAGGGCAUGAAGAGAGAUAAGGCGUUUCUUCAGAGGAUACAAAAUGGACGUCAAAAUGGACAACCCCAUUGGUCGUGGCAGGAUGGUCGCUAUGGUGAUGGUCGCCAUGGUGAUGGUCGAAAUAUGGCCAGCCAUGAAGGGGAGGGUCAGGACUUGGGGCAGGCAGCACCCACUGCGCCCGGGGGUCGGGCUCUAGCCUGGAGCUACAACAUGCCGGGUCAGAAGACUAGCGACUCGACCACGCAGGCCAGCCAGUUCUGGGAUCCUGUGUUCAAAUCCCAGCUGGACCAGAUCGAUGACCUCAAGUUGAGAAAACUUCUGGAGGAGUUGUACAGGGAUAAAAAAUACAUGGACAAAAUGAUUGGCUCGCUCGACGGCGCUGAGCAGGACGACAUUCUCGGGUCUUUCGUGCAGGGUCGGGAAUACCUGCUACAGCGGGCCCAGUUCUGGCUGGAGAGGGGGCCCCUCCCGCCCCGACCCCCGGCUACUGGCCUGGGGUUGAGACUAUUGAAUCAAUCGUCGUUGUCUAGCAAAGUUGCUUCGAUGGAGAGUGUCCGGCCAUCGGAAAGUGUCCGUACAGUGGAAAGUGUCCGGCCAUCGGAAAGUGUCCGGCCAUCGGAAAGUGUCCGGCCAGUGGAAAGUGUCCGUACAGUGGAAAGUGUCCGGCCAUCGGAAAGUGUCCGGCCAGUGGAAAGCGUCCGGCCAGUGGAAAGUGUCCGGCUGGAAAACAGCAACACCUCCCAACCCAGAUCGAAACUGGUGGAUGCUCAUGACUCAGACGAGAGAGACCCAUCACAAAGUAAACCAGGUCACAAACUCAACCAUCCCUCAGACCACCGUUAUGACAACCAUGCUGACAACCAUCAGGACAACCAGCCUGACAACCCUAAAGAUGAAACCGCUAAAAGCUCGGGCCUUGCAAACCACCAAGAAGAAGAAAAGAAAAGGGGCGAUCACUCUCAUGAAUCAGAUGAAAUAAAGGGCGAUCACUCUCAUGAAUCACAUGAAAUAAAGGGCGAUCACUCUCAUGAAUCAGAUGAAAUAAAAAGCGAUCACUCUCAUGAAUCACAUGAAAUAAAGGGCGAUCACUCUCAUGAAUCAGAUGAAAUAAAAAGCGAUCACUCUCAUGAAUCACAUGAAAUAAAGGGCGAUCACUCUCAUGAAUCACAUGAAAUAAAGGGCGAUCACUCUCAUGAAUCACAUGAAAUAAAGGGCGAUCAACACGACACAAGGCCCAAUGGUCAGGCGCUAGCGACUCUACCAUAGACGACUACAACCAUUUUCUUCCAAAACUAAAACUUUUUUUUGUUUUUUUUUUUGAGUGCGCAUCAGGUCACAGCGUAGGUCAGUGUUAAAAACAUGGUGACCAGAUGUGUGGGGGAA